CUAGAAAUCUGUUAGAUUGCUUUACCUCUGAUGACUUGGUAUCUAAAGGAUCUCUGGAAAGCCCCAUGACAUUGGAGGGGGGAAAUAAAAGUCCAAUGGUCCAGUGAGAGAGAAGUCACAGAGACACUCCACCUAACUGAAGACGUAAAAGAGAAUCUACUGCGGUGUCUCACCAAGGAUAUCUUUGUUUAGCCUGACCUCUCUUGGACAAGAAAACACCCUCAGCAUGGCCUCUGAGAGCCACAUGCCAGCCCCCCUGUGCCUCAUUGAGAACAUUAAAGGGCAGCUGGUGGCUAAUCAGGAAGCUCUGAAGAUCCUGUCUGCCAUUACCCAGCCGGUGGUGGUGGUGGCUAUUGUGGGCCUGUACCGCACAGGCAAAUCCUACCUGAUGAACAAGCUGGCUGGGAAGAGAACGGGCUUCUCUCUGGGCUCCACAGUGCAGUCUCACACCAAAGGAAUCUGGAUGUGGUGUGUGCCUCAUCCCAAGAAGCCAAGCCACACCCUAGUUCUGCUUGACACCGAGGGCUUGGGAGAUGUGGAGAAGGGUGACAAUCAGAAUGACUCCUGGAUAUUUGCUCUAGCCAUACUCCUGAGCAGCACCUUUGUAUACAACAGCAUGGGGACCAUCAACCAGCAGGCGAUGGACCAGCUGCACUAUGUGACAGAGCUGACAGAUCGAAUCAGGGCAAAGUCCUCACCUGCUGCAAACGGGACUGAAGAUUCAGCUGACUUUGUAAGCUUCUUUCCAGACUUUGUGUGGACACUGAGGGAUUUCACCUUAGAUUUGGAAGCAGAUGGAACAACCAUCACAGCGGACGAGUACCUAGAGAAUUCACUCAAGCUUAAGCAAGGUACCAGUCCAAAGGACAAAAAUUUUAAUCUGCCCCGACUCUGUAUCCGAAAGUUCUUUCCAAAAAAGAAAUGCUUCAUCUUUGAUCGGCCCACUCAACGGAAGAAGCUAAACCAGCUAGAGACCCUGCAUGAUGAUGAGCUAGAUUCUGAGUUUGUGCAACAAGCUGCAGUCUUCUGUUCCUACAUCUUUAGCAAUUCCAAGACUAAAACCCUUUCUGGAGGCAUCAAGGUCAAUGGACCUCGUCUAGAGAGCCUGGUGCUGACCUAUGUCAAGGCCAUCAGCAGUGGGAAUCUGCCCUGCAUGGAGAAUGCAGUACUGGCCUUGGCCCAGAUCGAAAACAGGGCUGCAAUGCAAAAAGCCAUUGCCCACUAUGAGCAGCAGAUGGGCCAGAAGUUGAAGCUGCCCACAGAAACCCUCCAGGAGCUUCUGGACCUGCACAGGGCCUGCGAGACAGAGGCCAUCAGCGUCUUCAUCAAGAGUUCUUUCAAAGAUGUAGACCACUCAUUUCAGAAGGAAUUAGCGAACCAGCUAGGAAAAAAGCGGGAUGACUUUUGUAGACAGAAUGUGGAAGCAUCAUCAGAUCGUUGCACAACUUUACUUGUGGAAAUCUUCAGUCCUCUAGAAGAAGCUGUGAAGCAAGGGGCCUAUUCUAAACCAGGAGGGUACCGUCUUUUUAUUCAGAAGACAGAAGAGCUGAAACAGAAGUACUUCCAGAAACCUAGGAAGGGGAUACAGGCUGAAGGGAUUCUUCAGACAUACUUGAAGUCCAAGGAGUCUGUGACUGAUGCGAUUCUACAGACAGACCAGACUCUCACAGAAAAGGAAAAGGAGAUUGAAGUGGAACGGGUGAAAGCUGAGUCGGCCCAAGCUGCAGCAAAAAUGGUGGAGGAAAUGCAAAAAAAGAAUCAGCAGCUGAUGGAAGAGAAAGAAAAGAGUUACCAGGAACAUGUGAAGCAACUGACUGAAAAGAUGGAGAGGGAUAGGGCCCAGCUGAUGGAAGAGCAAGAGAGGACCCUCGCUCUUAAACUUCAGGAACAGGCCCGAUUACUAAAGGAAGGAUUCCAAGAUGAGAGCAGACGCCUUCAUAGCGAAAUACAGAACAUCCAAAGGAACAUGGCAAAACCAAGGAGGAUGUGUUUGUUAAGCUAAAGACCUAAAAAAUGGAA